CUGACAAGCCUUCACUCCACCAUCCUAAACCGAGUCGUUGUGGCGCUCCAGCGGUCGUGGUGCCGCUCAACCUCCAAUCUAUGUGUAGCCUCGUCUGUGGUAGAAAAUAAAAAAGAUCUACCUCCUCGUAUCUACCAGCUACCACCUCGCAUCUACUACCUACCACUCCUUCUCAGACAGGCUAAAGGACACAGCUGAUAGGCCCUGGACAGAGGUGUUCAUCUCAUCAAUUCGACUGACAAAGAAGCUCAAUACAACCCCAGCGACACGUACCAGGGACCCCAGACCAGUGAGAUGGACCUCUCGACCAACCCACAGAUGCAGCAGCAGCAGCAGCCGGAGAGGAUCCGGAUGGAGAGCAGUCCUUGCUGCUCUUCUUCUUCUCUCAGAGUCACCAUCUACGUGCUGGGAGCUCUAAGUCUGUUGGUUUGGUGCAAUUGCAUUGGCUUCACUCUGGGAUACGCGGCAUAUGCAAGUCUCAUAUUAUAUGGAUCCAUCAUCUCCAUUCCGGUCAACGUGGGUUAUAUCUACGUCACUUGUCGCAUCAUCUUCCUCAUCUCCGAUAGCACGAUAGUGACGCCAAAGGCGCUGGUGGACCUCCAGAGGCUCAACGCUCGCCUGGUCGCCCUCAUCCUAGUGGGCUUCUCCGUCUGGGUCACUGGUGUUGUUUGGUUUGCACUGUACUACCCUGGAAACAGUUACUACAAUGACGAACUGGUCUACGACGCUUUCAUGACAUUCUUCGCUACUAACUUUGGCUUCAUAUUUGCUGCCCUGGUGGUUGGAUUCUCCGCGGGGCUUCAAUCUCAGUGGAAGAAGGUCUCAGCGCCGAGACCAGCAGGUCUACUCAUGCACGAGAGCCCACCAAAAUACUAUACAGGUCAGGGACCGGCUCAGGUCCUCCUCGACCAAGGCCUUGAUGCUGCACCUCCACCUCCUUGGCCAUCCAACUAUGUUGCCCAAUACUAACCUUUCCUUCUUGUCAAGCUCAGGGCAUUGCUAUUGAUGAAACUGAAUUUGGGAACAUGAACUAUGAUUUGCAAUAAUAUAUAUAUAUAUAUAUAUAUAAUAUGUCAGAAAAACUCUUCUUUGGGAAGGGUUCGAACCUCAGACAGCAGGGCUCUCCAAACACCUAGCAUAUCCAGCACCAUAACCAAUGGACCACAACUGACUGUACAAAAAUGUUGGAAGUUAUGAGACUUUUACCCAAUACCCGACAGCACUCGGUGGCCAGUGGGCACAGAUAAUUGCCAUCAAAUCAAUUCACUAUAUGAUGAAUAGGGAAUUGUACUGUGCCCACUGAGUGCUGUCGGGUGUUGGGUAAAAGUCUCGCGACUUCCAACACUUUUGUACAGUCAAUUGUGGUCCAUUUCCACUGGUGGAAAGAAACAUUGUAGCAUUGGUAUAAUUUUUAUCUCCUUGUGUGUGCUCUAGAGGCAUUCUAACUCAUCUCCCUAUUUUAUAUGUACACCAAAGGUGUGGUAAACACAUGUUUAGCUUACACUUGUAUGCAAGUUCUUGCUACCAAUAGCAUCUUAUGUACAGAAAUGAUUAAAAGUGUUUUCAUCUUGAAUUAUUUUGUAAUUUCUAGAAUUUGAGAUGAUUUUAGUGUAUACAAAAACACAAGCUGUAGUCUGUUUUGCAGCACUGCAAAAAAAAAACAGUUAAAAAUACAAUUAAUUGAUUAAUUUAAGAGUGUAGGCGGGCUAUUCGCAAAACCUGGUUGUGGCACCAGUCGGGGCCUCCAGACUUCCCUAGUGGAUUCAGUAGAGUUUCACGUUGAAUACGUUUUAUCCUCUCGUGGCUGAGUAGGUUAAGGCAAGCGUCUGGGAGUCGUCUUGCAUGGCUACAAAUAAUUUUCUCCUUAACAUAUCACACGAUUGUAAUUUCUAUGGGAUAUUAAUGGUAUCUUAUAAUAAUGUACUAUUUUGCAACAUAUGCUAAAGAUGAGCCAGGAUAGUGCUAUAUAAAUUCUUUUAAGAAUAUGGUAAAUUAAAUUUAGAGAGUUACCACAGCAUAAUACCGAGUGAAACCAAUAGUCGUGGGAUCGUUGAGGUGUUUCAAGCGUAGGUCAGACUUAUGUAUGGAAUUUUUUUGAUUGGGUUUAAAUAGGAGAUGUCUUUCAUGGGCCAAACCCCCCCCCCUUUUCCAUGUUCUUUUAUUCCAAUUUUCUUCUUAACUAUCAUAAUUUCUUUUUCAAGAAUUAACUGAAUGUAGCUCUUUGAUUUUUUGUUAAGUUUUAUAAUAUAAUAUUUCUCUCCUUGAAUCGUCUUAAAAAAUGUAAACUAUACAUUUAAACCUGUGAACUGAAUUAUUGUAUGAGGAAAUAAAUGCUUCGAUUUAA